CAGUUAUGGGAGCGACGAUCGACAGUAUAGAAGAGGAAACGACGAGUCCAGCAUCCGCUGCAGUGACUGAAACGACGACAGUGGCCGUCGUUAAAACGAGAACCGGAAAUGACAUAGGGGGUAGUAUAGACCUCUUGGCAGCAUUGCAACUGCACAACACGACACGCCAGGGCGUGACACAAGUACCCGGUCUCGUUAGACUGAAACCUGCAUAUUAUCUUCAGGGUGAGGAGAGAGACCUUCAAGUAAGUCAAAUAAAUUUUGAAAGAGCGGCAUCUUUGCUCCGGCGGGUUCCGGAGUUUACUGUAGCCGCCUCUUUGAGACAAGAAGAGGCUAAUUCGGGAACAAUAAUAGCCUUUUCUCAUGGUAAUAAUAGAUACUUGGAGCUGCAAAGCAGCGGACGUAAAGACGAAUUGCGUCUUCAUUACGUAUCACGUCGUGAUGGUGCCGUACAUGUCGAGGCCUUUCCCUUCCGUCUGGCUGACGGAGUGUGGCACAGGGUCGCCCUGAGUAUUAGCGGCUCGCAGGUCGAGCUCCUAGUUGACUGUCACCCCCUUUACAGGCGUUUACUGAGGCCUGGACCACCUGACACUAAUUUUACCCUGCCUCAACUUCAACUGUGGGUUGGUCAACGAAACGCCAAACACUUUUUAUUCAAAGGCGCCCUUCAAGAUGUCAAGCUUAUUCCAGGUGCGCAUGGAUAUUUAUCACAGUGCCCUCAGCUUGAUACUUCAUGUCCUACUUGCGGUCAAUUUUCUAUUCUACAAAACACAGUCGAGCAGUUGAUGCAUAAUCUCAAUGAAUUGACACACAGGCUAGCUGCUGCAGAGGGUAGAAUAAGCAAAGUGGAGGAAUGCGAGUGCCAAAAAUCUUGCAGAUCAAACGGUACUAUACAUGAAGACGGGUCAACUUGGGAAGAAGGCUGUCAACAAUGUUUGUGUGUCCACGGCGAAAUAGAAUGUCGGCCUACACCUUGUGCUCCUGUCACCUGCAAACAUCCAAUUAUACCUGCGGGGAAAUGUUGUCCUGUUUGCCUAAAGGAAUGUUUGUACCAAGACACCAUUUAUGAUCAUGGAGUUGCAAUAUUUCCAAAACCGUGCUUCGAGUGCAAGUGCUUUGACGGUAGUUUUACUUGCCUACCUAUCGACACUAAAGCUCGGUGUCCACCAUUGCCUUGUCCGCCAAGCGAACAAAUAACUGUAGCCGAAGAAUGCUGCAAGUUUUGUCCAGGAGUGGAUUACUGCGCGAAAGGUCAUGAUUGCCAUAGAAAUGCAUCCUGCCUAAAUCUUCAGACGACUUAUGACUGCCACUGCAAUCAUGGUUUUCAAGGAGACGGCCAAAAUUGUCACGAUGUCGAUGAGUGUAAACAGCAAGGCGGCCUGGAGGGUCACCAUUGCAAUAAAAAUACCCGAUGUGUCAACGUCGUCGGCUCAUACACGUGCGAGUGUCUUCCCGGGUACCAGAGGGUGGACGGAUUUAACUGUGCCGAGCUGGACGAGUGUGCGACCGGUCAUCAUUUAUGCUCCGAACACGCGACCUGUGUCAACACGCCUGGUAGUUACUAUUGUAUCUGCAAGGACGGAUACUCUGGAGACGGCUACUCUUGCAAACCGGUGUGUAACCAAACCUGCCAAAAUGGUGGUGAGUGUGUUGCUCCAAGUAAAUGUUCCUGUCGACGAGGUUACAUCGGUAACAGCUGCGAGCUGGAUUUGGACGAGUGUGCAAGUGAUCUGCACAGAUGUCAUCACUCUUCGACGUGUUUCAAUAUGCCUGGAUGGUAUUAUUGCCGCUGCAAACCUGGUUACCGUAGUGAUCUUCACGACACUACCGGAGGGACUCACUGCGUGGACAUUGACGAGUGCAAUGAUCAGACACUCGAAAAGAGACACACCUGUCAUCCGACUGCCAGAUGUGUUAACACUGAUGGUGGAUAUGAGUGCGCUUGUUCUCAUCAAGAAACGCCACUCAAUGAAUGCAGUCUAAACUGCUGGUACGAAGAUCGUGAAAUUGAGAAUGGCGAAGUUUUCGCCCCAGCUGGUAACCCCUGCAGACAAUGCACCUGCAAGGAUGGUGUAGUAACAUGUAGAGACCCAAUUUGCGACUGUAGUUCGCCAAGAAGUAGAAGAGACAAAUGUUGUCCUCAGUGUGAUCCAGCUGCGUCUUGCCGGCAUCAAGAGCUGCAUCAUCUUGUCUUCAGAAGCGGGGAACGGUGGAUUUAUCAAUGUCAGACUUGCGAGUGCCUGUACGGCGAAAUAGACUGCUGGCAAAUGGAAUGCCCACCGGUGACUUGCAGCAACCCAGUAACUGAAGACGGGGACUGUUGUCCGCGUUGCGAGGACGAUCCAUGUGCUCGAGAGAACCAUGUUAACGGCACAUCCUUUUCAUCAUCCUCGAGUCAUCCGCAGCCGUGCAGUUAUGCCGGCAUUGUUCACGAAAGUGGGAGCGCCUGGCAGGACCCGCACGACAAAUGCACCACGUGCGAGUGCAAGGACGGGCAGUUAUGCUGUAGCUACGAUUACGGCUGCGCUGGCGAUAUUGGGCUCAAGCAGCACCCAGUCACUGUUGGUGAGCCUGAUCCUGUCUCUGUUCCGAGCGAUCCGAGCAGUUCGGGCAAAAAUUUCACUCCACCGGAAGCAGCAGUAUCAACGAUUGAAUCAGCAGAAUCUGACCCAGACUCAGCAUCGUCCUCCAGCAGCUUCACUCAGUCACGUAGUAUCGCUAAAAAUCUCAUCUCUUUCCCAAAGACACCGUCAGUUCGUCGCAAUCAGAUUGACGGCAGUCGCACCUUGGUGGCGGUAUCCGCGAAUAACAAUUAUAAUGAUAACAAUAACAAUAACAAUAAUGAUAAUAACAAUAACAAUAAUAAUAAAGAGCCACGAAAAAAUACUGUUGUUAAACGUGGUAGUUUUAGUAGAUCAUCAUAUCUAUCAGCUUCUUCACGUCUCGUCGGUAGCAAUGACGCCACUUGA